AUGGAUGAAGCUGCAUCUAAUUCUUCAGAGAAACCUAUAGCAAUCCACUCUAAGGUUCACAGAGACACUAUUCUAAUUAAAUUUGAGGAACAGAGAAAAAAAGAUUUUUUAUGUGACAUCACUUUAAUUGUAGAAAAUGUUCACUUUAGAGCCCAUAAGGCAUUACUUGCUGCCAGCAGUGAAUAUUUCUCCAUGAUGUUCGUUGAAGAGGGCGAGAUUGGCCAGUCGAUCUACAUGCUUGAAGGGAUGGUGGCAGAUGCUUUUGGUGUGCUAUUGGAAUUUAUUUACACAGGCUGCUUACAAGCUAGUGAAAAAAGUAUAGAUCAGAUUUUAGCGACUGCUCAUCUCCUCAAAGUGAAUGAUCUAGUUAGAGCAUAUACAGAGCAAGAGAGGAACGGCAGCUUAACAAACACAUUAUCUGGAAUUUCUAAUGGUGAAACCCCAAUAGCUGUCUUAGCAAAAAAUAAGAAAAAUGAAGACCCACCAAAGCGAAAGCGUGGAAGACCAAGAAAAGUGAAGAACAUCCAGGAAGAAAAACUGGAAUCCCUUUCAAUGGAAGAUGUGCAAUUAAAAGAGAACAAUUCGGUUCAUAAUAAGCAAAAUUUUAUAAAGUGGGAGACUGUGGUAGAAGACAGAAAUACCAAUGAACUCAUUCCUGUAAGUGGAGAGGGAAGAGAAAUAUGUAGGACAGAAGCUGUGGUCAGUGUCUCAACAGAAAAGGAUGAGAACUAUGAUCCUAAGUGCCAAAAUACACAGAUCACUCAGAGUCGUUACAGCAAACGUAGGAUACGGCGAUCAAUCAAAUUAAAAGAUUAUAAACUUAUUGGUGAUGAAGAGGACAGUGGGCUGGCAAAAAGGGCCAAUGGCAGAAGAAAACGUACUGGUUCUGAAGUUGAGUGCAAAGACUGUGGGAAAGUCUUUAAAUAUAAUCAUUUUUUAGCUAUACACCGAAGAAGUCAUACAGGUCAGAAAGCUUUUACCUGUGACCAGUGUGGAAAAUACUUCAGCCAGAGAAGGCAACUUAAAAGUCACUAUAGAGUUCACACAGGCCAUUCAUUGCCAGAAUGCAUCCUCUGUCAUCGUAAAUUCAUGGAUACAGCUCAAUUAAAGAAACAUUUAAGAACACAUACAGGGUAGGGGCAUUUAAAGAAGACUGAAGAGAAAAACAUUAUCCUCCAAAAUUUUCUCAGUGUUUUCUUGUAUGUUCAUAUGUCAAUUCAUUAUUUGUUCACCAUAAUAGCUAUGAAUUAGCAUGAGAUUUGGUUGUUACAUUCAUUAGAGUCUACUUAUAAGUUAAACUCUCUUAAUUGUUCUUUAAAUAAGAGAUAAUUACAUACUAUACUAAUCAGCAAGUUUUUAUAGGUGAAAAGCCAUUUACUUGUGAAAUCUGUGGCAAGUCAUUUACAGCAAAAAGUUCUCUUCAGACACAUAUCAGAAUUCACAGGUAUCUCCU